CUCAUUUGUUUAUUACUACAUUUAUCUCUUUAAUCAAGCCAUUUCGUUCUGCACGUCAUCACGGUGCGUCGUCACGAAAGGGUUAUUUCAUAACUCAAUGGUCUGACACUCAGAUGCCUUUUUCGAAACAACGUCUGUCGCUCAGCUGAAGAGUAGGCCUCUAGUGUUAGGAAUGCCGAAGAAGUUCCAGGGCGAGAACUCCAAGGCGAUGACUGCCAAGGCCCGCAAGGCAGAGGCCAAAGCUGUGGAAGACUCCCGCAAGAAGAAGGAGCUGGAGGAUGCUUUAUGGCAGGAGAACGAUAAACAUGUCCUGAAGAAAGAACAGAGGAAGGAUGACAAGGAGAAGAAGCGCCUUGAGGCCCUGGAGAGAAAGAAAGAGAACCAGCGGCUCUUGGAUGAGGAGGCUGCAAAGAUUAAGGGCAAGGCCAAAGAGGCGGCUGCUGCUGUGGCGGCGUGCAAAGUGACCCGGGCCCAGAUUGAGGAGACGCUGCGUAUUGAGCAGGCGUUACAACCGCAGGAGCAACCCAAAGAGAAAGAGAAGAGUCAACUGGAGUCACCCCUGGAGGAGAAUGUGAAUCGCCUCAUCCCUGAGGAAGGUGUAGUGGACGCUAGAUCCAUAGAGGAUGCCAUUGCUGUGCUCAGCACGGCUGAAGAGCUCGACCGCCACCCCGAGCGCAGGGUGAAGGCAGCGUUCGCCGCGUACGAGGAACUGAACAUGCCCCUCCUUAAAAAAGAGAACCCCAACAUGCGGCUGUCGCAGCUCAAGCAGCAACUGAAAAAGGAGUGGAUGAAGUCGCCAGAGAACCCCCUGAACCAGCGCUUUGCCAACUACAAUGCCAAGUGAACCAACUCCAGCAGCAGCUAACACAAAACUGUUACCUAUGCAUAUUGGACCUUACAAUGGAAGAUGCCUCCAACCUAGAAUUAUUCCCCCAUUAUGAAUACGUUGCUGGAAAAGCUGCACUCAUUCCCUAGGAAGGACCUCUGAUGCAAGGAAUCACCUUGGGACUUCAGCUUGUUUCAUUUAGAGAAGGAAAUUCCCCCCAUGUUCCUGAUGAUUUUUCUGUUACUGUGAAUUCCCACUUGUAAAGCAUCUCAGUGGUUUAUGGAUUUUAUUCCCAUUAUCAGUUUUUGGCACUUAAAUUGAAAACUGUGGGGGGGGUGUGUGACAGAAGUUUGAGAUUAAAAGUAAUUUAUUACAGUUCACAAUAGUAGCAUCUAAUUGUUUCUGAGAGUGAGACUACAGGUAUGUCGCUCUGUAUAAGAGCGUCUGCUAAAUGACUAAAAUGUGGUCUGCACUCUUGCUAUAGUAACCACCUCCUUUUAAAGGCCCAAUUGAGUUGUUUUAUACAAAUAUUAAAUUUCUGGGUUACAUUUAAGUACCAUACUGUACUAGUUUUACAUUAAAAUCGUAAAUUAUGUUUUGCAAAAUUGACUUUCCCUAGGACUGUCUGGGAGUGGUCUGAGUGGGGAGGGAAAACUCAACUAGCUGUUUGGAACUCUUUGUUAUUGGUCUAAUUUACGGCCUGGUGAUGACCCAGGCAAGCUGAAAAUCCCUCCCAUGCAAACCUGCUGCUUUUAGAUGGCCUUGUGUAUAUUGUAUUUUCAACCAGCAAUUAUCAGGAAAUUACUUAUGAAAUGUUUUAUACUUUUACAGUGUUAGCUUCAUCAGGAUACAAAAUGAGUUGUCUGCCCUGGGCCUUUAUUGAUAAUGACCCACAAAAGAAAAUAUCAUGACCAGAGCCAGCUGUGGCCUUGUCAUAAACUGAUAUUUUCAGCACCAUUGGAAAUGACUACCCCUUUACCUAUGAUAAAUUGUCUUGUUGCACCUGUUCCCCAUCCCAACAGGGCCUUAUUAGGUGUACCUUGGGUUGCAAAGAGUCGGAAACUUUCUGGUAAAUUUCCAUGGGAAGUAAGCCUGGGAAUUUAGCUUAAAUUCAUCAAAAAAGUUAGCUUAUUACAGUGAACCUUUUUUUUUGUGGGAUACACAAGGCAAUUCUAGGUCUUGUGGCAUAUUUUGGUUGAACUAUCCCCAAUUCAAUGGAAUUGCAACCCUCUGAAUGCACAGUGAAUUCUUCCAUCAAAUGUGCAGUGCAUUCUUCCAUCACAUGUACAGCUUAUUCUCUAGCUCUUCCACACUGAGAUGCUAUUAAGCCCACGUUACUACACUGUCUGAGCCAAGGACUACAUGCUUUCUGUUAAGUUUGGAUUACAAUCCUGGGUGGGGUGAAUAUAUUUUGACAUUUUUUUUAGCUAACAGCCCACAGCGAAGUGUGUUUAAAUAAUUUCUAACUUAACAAUUUCUGAUAGUUUUUGCUACCAUGUGGGUUUAAGCUUGCUUGUGUGUGUUAACUGAGUGUUAAUUCACCUGUUUCCAUACAUUUCAUUUUAAAACAUUUUUAGUUUAAGUUGUUUAAUCUAACUGCUUAACUAUUUAUCUGUACAUGGAAUUGUAUUAGGGUUUUCCAUUUUUUUCCCUAAUCUUUACAGGAAAAUGCCACGGGCACUAUCUGUUUGAAGACAUUUCACUGCAGCUAAUGUAAAAGGAAAAGCUGUGUACAUUUUGCAAAUACUGUGCCAAAUCAUAUGUGAAGAGUGCAACAAAGAUGCAGAAUCUGGUCAAGUGCAUAAAGUUCCCUCAACUUCUAUUCGAGGUGAAAAUGAUUCAUUGGACACCUUAUCGAUAGCAACAGCUCAUGGUCCUCCUGGAAUCAGAAGUGUUUUUGACUCAAUAGAGGAAUGUAGUCAGAUAUGCUGAUUGUCUUGCUCGAGCUGUGUAUUGCAACUGGUUCUCUGAUGCUCACAGGCAAUGUGUAUUGGAAGAGAUUUCUGAAUGUUCUUCACCCAGCAUACAUCCCUCCAACCAGACAUGCUUUUAUCUCAUUUGAUGGAGACAGAUUUCAAGUGAAGGUCAAGCAAAUCAGAGAUAGCAGACUAUUGCAAUCAUCUCUGAUGGGUGGUCGAAUGUUGGUGGGCAAGGGAUAAUUAACUACAUCUCUACCCUUCAACCAGUAUUCCACAAGAGCACAGACACAAGGGACAACAGAUGCACCGGUCUCUACAUUGCAGAUGAGCUGAAGGCAGUCAUCAAUGACCUUGAACCACAGAAGGUAUUUGCACUGGUGACAGACAAUGCUGUGAACGUGAAGGCUGCUUGGUCUAAAGUGGAGGAGUCCUACCCUCACAUCACACCCAUUGGCUGUUCUGCUGACAGGUGUGGCAUAUCAAGAAGCUGAUUAAGCAGCAUGAUCAUUAACAGUGCAGGUAUGGCACAACACAAUUCCACAGAUGUAUCAAGUUUUGAGGGAGUGUGCAAUUGGCAUGCUAACUGCAGGAAUGUCCACCAGAGCUGUUGCAACAGAGUUGAAUAUUAAUUUCUUUACCCUAAGCCGCCUCCAAUGUCAUUUUAGAUCAUUUGGCAGUACAACCACAGACUGUAACCACGCCAGCCCAGGACCUCCACAUCUGGCUUCUUCACCUGCAGGAUCUUCUUAGACAAGCCACCCGGACAGCCAAUGAAACUGAGGAUUAUUUCUGUCUGUAAUAUAGCCCUUUUGUCGGAAUAAAACGAAUUCUGAUUGGCUGGGUCUGGCUCCCCAGUGGGUGGGCCUAUGCCCACCCAUGGCUGCGCCCCUUUCCAGUCAUGUGAAAUCCAUAGAUUAGAGCCUAAUGAAUGUAUUUCAAUUGACUGAUUUCCUUCUAUGAACUGUAACUCAGUGAAAUUGUUGUAUGUUGUUUUUAUAUUUUUAUUCAGCAUAGUUAAUGAGUUGCUAUCUAGAAGACAUUGUUAUAAAUCUAAUGUUGUAUCGGCUGUUCUUGCUGUGGCGGAUGAAUCAGAAUUAGUUGGGUAACAGAUAAUUAAGGUGUUUUAGUUGCAUAAUAUGCUUAUGUGAGAAACGUCAUUAGAAUGCAUCCCUUUGGACUCUAGUAUUGGCAGUUGCACUUUUCCCUCAGCUAGAGCUCAGUCAUUUGGGGCCCAGAGAGGGGAGAGGUCAGAAUGGAACAUUGUCUUCAUAUGUGAAUGUGUCUUUACCUAUUCUUAAACCAUGUGAAGGGAUGGCGUGAUUAAUGGGGAACCAAUUACUUGUCUCCACAAUGUCUGUGCGCAAGUCACUCCCCUCAGUGAGCUUGUGCAGGAGUGGGGUCAAGAGGGGGUUUACUUGAGAUGGGAGUAUCUAGAGUUGACAAUUGAUAUAUGCCAUUGGAUGAGUUGCUGUUUUUGUACUAUGAAGUACCAGGAAUGAGAUUAGAACCUCGUCUUAGGGACCAAACUGAACGAUAAUUUAUAGCGAAUGCUAUCUGGCUAUGGGAUACUCCUCAAGUAAAAGUCCUUCUUUGUGAACAGUUCCUAGAUAUCUGUGGUUUAUCAUGUCAAAGGGGGGUGGAUCUUUGCUAUAAAAAAAAUAUCUCAGUAGCCAUUGUGUUGACACUCAACGGUUCAUUAGAAAUGGCGAAUCUUUGAAAGUCAAGUGCUAAUGCAAAGCUCUUAUUAUUAAAGAUGUAGUUUAAGUAUAA